AUGGCGACCCCAAAUGGCACAGAAGCAACCCAAAACCCAACCCAAGAGCCAAGCUCCCAAAUACCGGAAAUGGAGCCUUUACUCGGAGGUCCCAGAGCUGCUGGAGCAUUGCAACGCGACGAUUCCCCAAUCUUUGCUAACCUCUACAUCGGGACGGCAUUUCUUGCACAACUCGGUGCCGUCGUCCUCUUCACCGUAAUCUGGGCCUUCAUACUCCGUCGUCCCUGGAUCGCUUUCUCCGGUCAUCCUCUAGCCCAAUCUCUGUUGCUGGUCACAGUGAUCCAAGCCAUCCUCAUCUUACAGCCAACGCACACCCCCGAUCAGAAACGCACCGGCGCGCGUAUCCACGCCGCUCUCCAUCUCAUCUCCUUCCUCUCCCUCAUCACCGGCAUCACCGUCAUCGAAUACAACAAGCACGUCAACAAACUCCCGCACUUCCACUCCGCGCACGCCUACAUUGGCGCCGUUACUGCAGUGUUGCUUCUCCUGCAGUACGCCGUGGGUUUCACCAUGUGGGCGACGCCUUCGCUUUACGGCUCCGAGGAGCGUGCGAGGUCUAUCUGGAAGUAUCAUCGGUGGAGCGGAUAUCUCUCGCUCGUGCUGCUUCUGGUGACGGUGGCGAGUGCUACUGGUGUUCCGUUCGUUGGGGAGGAUAUCGGGAUUAAGUUCUGGUGGGUGUUUGGGUUGUCGGUCCUUAUUCUGUUGGGGGUCAUUCCUAGAGUUCACCUGUGGAAGUUGCUUGGACAGCGUCGCCGCUACUGA